GCCCCGGCUCGAUAGUUCGCAGCUUUGACCAGCAACUCCAGGAAAACCAGUCAGGAUGUGGACGUGCCAUCACUCAUGUACCUCUCUUUGCUGAGCAGGGAGUACCAGUAGUGUCGAAGCACGGCCAGAAAGCUACACGGCCUUGCUCUUGGACGAAAGCAAAUGACUCGAGGUAGCCGACGCCAACAGAAGCCCAGAGGCAUGCACAACGGUUAUACGACUCAAGCCGUUGAAGCCAUCAAAGUCAGCCAGUUCGGUGCGUCAAAUGUCAAACGUCAAGACUUGGCCGGGUUUCAUGGGAAAAGCCAGUGGGCUAUGACCACAUUCGAACACUUGUCGAGAUCGCAUGCGACCGAAGCCAUCGACACGGCGGGCCGGACUCGACACGGGCUGACAUCAGGACCCUGCAGCGUUGGAGAGUUCGCAAAGCAGCGAGUUGAUCGUAUACCCGCAUUUGGUGUGGCCCUUUACCCCAUAUUCGUUGUCCUCUUCCUACCUACGCUACGACAAGCCGAGCAGAAGCCCAGCGGAGAAGUGGUUACCCAACUGCAGGGCAAGAGGUUCGAGGCUCAUGCACGCUCCCAGGGCACCCCAACCCUGGUCGGCCUGCUUGUUCUCGGUCAUUCCAAGGCUUCGCUCCAGUCGUCGACCCCCAACACGCGACCCGCUACACUAGUGCCCUGUGCUCCCUGCAACUCCACUAUCGAGGUCGCGCCCACGGUGCCCACCCACCUAGACCCAUAGCCGGCGGGGCCUGCCUGUCUUCCAGGUCGACAGGGGGGUGGAGAUACCUGAUGGGAGGUACCACUGUAACGUCGAGUUGGGUACGUACCUACCUACACUACGUACCGGACCACUCUACACUCCUUCCACUUCCUCCUCUGCCCGCACCGCACUCCCGUCCUCUUACAUCAUUAGUUUUGGACGGACACCACGGGGCAUAACAUC